AUAUAUAAAUAAAAUCACUCCAAAUAUCGUCCAACAUAUUUUUUCUUCAUUGUAGAUACAAUGGCAAGCAGCAGCUCAUUGGAAGACGUACCUUCCGUGGACAUCAUGACUGAACUCCUUCGCCGAUUCAAAUGCUCUUCCAAGCCUGACAAACGUCUCAUUCUUAUUGGUCCACCUGGGUCUGGAAAAGGUACUCAAUCUCCCAUCAUUAAGGAUGAAUACUGUCUGUGUCACUUGGCAACUGGCGAUAUGUUGAGAGCAGCUGUGGCAGCUAAAACCCCACUCGGGAUUAUAGCCAAGGAAACCAUGGAGAAGGGAGAGCUAGUUUCUGAUGACUUGGUGGUUGGGAUCAUUGAUGAUGCUAUGAAGAAGCCAUCGUGUCAAAAAGGAUUUAUUCUUGAUGGUUUCCCGAGAACAGUUGCCCAAGCAGAGAAGCUUGAUGAGAUGCUUGAGAAGCAAGGAACCAAGAUCGAUAAAGUGCUUGAUUUUGCAAUUGAUGACUCCAUCUUGGAAGAAAGAAUUACUGGUCGUUGGAUCCAUGCUUCUAGUGGCAGAACAUACCACACAAAGUUUGCACCUCCUAAGGUGCCUGGCGUUGAUGAUGUUACCGGAGAGCCUUUAAUGCAACGGAAAGAUGACACUGCAGCGGUUCUUAAGUCAAGGCUGGAGGCUUUUCACCGCCAAACCGAACCUGUGAUAGACUACUACAACAAGAAGGGUGUAGUUGCAAAGCUUCCUGCAGAGAAACCCCCGAAGGAGGUGACUGUUGAGGUUCAGAAAGUUUUGUCUUGAUGGAAAUGCGGCUUUCUUUUUUUAUUCUUACUUUUUUUUGUGUGUGUUCAUUUUUGAUUAUCUUAACCUUAUCUAACCCGGUACAACAUUUGGAUCGGAUUGGCACUUCACCAUUGAAGUCUCCGCAACAGUUUUUCAUCUUUCUAAGCAUUAUGCACGGCAGCUGGUUGAGUUGCUGAGAUACUUGAAAGACCUGAAUAAAAGUCUUGUUUGUUACACUAGAAA